AUGGGCUCCCCCAUAUCAGGUCUGCUGGCUGACCUCGUACUACAACAACUAGAAGAGGAAGUUAUGCGAACCUUUAAGCCAAAAAUGUGGCUCCGAUACGUAGAUGAUACGUUUGUUAUCAUGAAGACCUGCGAAAUUGAGCAACUACAUCUGAGUCUGAAUAGCGUGUUCCCAGCUAUCCAGUUUACCCGGGAAGAGGCAACAGGAGGCAUUCUCCCGUUUCUAGACGUUAGUAUCCAAACGCUCAGUGAUGGCGGUCUUGCAACGAGCGUCUACCGAAAAGACUCCAGUGCUGACGUCAUUCUUAAUUAUGAAAGCAACCAUCCUGCGGCUCAUAAAAGGAGCUGUGUCCGAACCCUUUUCCACCGGGCCUAUCGUUACUGCAGCAGCGAUGACCUGCUUAAGAAAGAACUCACUUUCUUGUAUCGGUUAUUCCGGCUCAACGGGUACCCGAUCAGCUUUGUGAAAAACUGUCUCAGACAUCGGAGACAACCACAAAGCACUGGUUCUAAUGAGGGAUCAGAAAUACGGAAAUUCUUCUCACUCCCCUACAUACAGGGCAUUUCCGAAGCGAUCGCCCGACAACUAAAUCGGUUUGGCAUCUUCAUUGCCCACAAGCCGGCGUCCUCCCUACGCGCAACGCUAUCUCAUGUAAAAGACGCCGUACCCAAAGAGCAGCAAAGCAAUGUCAUCUACCGCAUUCCGUGUGCUAACUGCUCCUGCGACUAUGUUGGUCAUACAGGCCGACGACUCGGGACGCGUAUAAACGAACAUAAACUAGCCAUCCGCAGACGUGACCCUUUUUCACUAGUGUUCGCGCACGCCCUUGAAUGCGGCCAUCGCUUCAAUUGGGAAGAAACUGAAGUUGUUGCCACGGCAAACACCAAACAGGCCCGAGAAUUCCUCGAAGCCUGGCACUCUAAAACGACCAGCAUCAAUCGCCAUGUCGAUCUGGACGCUCAUUACGAAGGUCUACGUGCCCGGCUCACUGACUUGCGCCUGCGACCUAACAACAGCCGCUAA